UGACAAUAAACAAAAACAUUGCAAAUUAAUUAAACAAAUCGUGUUUUUCGUGAUAAACAAAUCGUGGUGUAAUUUUAUGAAAUAAAAAGCAAGUGAAAUAUAAAACAUUCUCGAUAUUUAUAAAGUUUAAUAACUAAUUACCGAGCUAAGGCAACAAAGAACAAUGGAAAGCGAAUUAAAACAAGAAUAUGAUAAUAUGGGCAUUGAACCAACUCAGGAGGUUUUGUACAGAUCUGUCGAUCUUUGCUCAUCCUACAACAUUGAAGAUGCUGCCGAAUUUGUUGAACAAUGGGUGGCUUUUAGCAUUUCCAAUUUGAAUGGUGCCGAACCAACUGUUGACCAUCUCAAUGAGUUCGAACGCAAAGUGUUUCAGGCCAAACGUGACAAGGAAUUGCAAGCUGCCAGCAAAAAGAAAAGUGGCAAAUUUCCUUCGGCCAUUUCAAAUUUAACUCAUUUGAAUGAUAUUGCCGCCAGCAACAGUAAUCCUUUGGCCAUGUAUGGCGUUGAGGAUGAUGAUGUUAUGGAUGAUUAUAUGCAAGACAGUGCUAUGGCUAGUGCUGUUUUAGACGAUGUUGACAGCAUGCCCGGAACACCAAGCGUUUGUCGUACACCUAAGGCUAAAAGUGCUUUGGCCAGAACACCUGCUCGCCAGAAUGAUGCGCUCUUCAGUCCAGCCAGUUAUUCACCUAUCGGAACACCACGCACACACAUUGCUGCUGCAGGAUCGGGUAAAAUCGUUUACACUUUCGGCAAUCCCUCCUUGAUCACCAAUGCCCAUUGGUCGCUUAAGACACCGCUUCCAAGAAUCACGGUUAAGCAACUGCUGCAACAUGAGGGGACCUGUUUGGGUCCCGGAACCAAAGUCAAAUACAUGUUUGACAAUCUCUAUGAGAAAGCGGAAAUUGUAGGGGAUCGUGUCUUUGAAAUUGGCAAAGGUCUGUGCCAAAAGGUAUUUGGUGAAGGGACAGAGGGCUAUGAAUUAUCACAGGUGGAUAUGCAUUCGCAGGAUCUGAUCAAAACCAUUGGCAUUAUACACAGCGAUUACGAUGGACCGCUUGAUCCCUCAUCCACCAUCUUGGUUGGCUCCGAUGAGUCCAUGUGCCAUACGGUACGUUUAAAUUUCUCCAAAACAAAAUCUGUUGGCGUAUUUCCCGGACAAGUUGUUAUGGUCACUGGCAUGAAUCCCAAAGGUGAUGUACUCAUGGUUGAGGAAGUUAUCACCGAACAAAAUCUACAACCACCUAAACCACCACAAAUUGCUGAUCGUUUGAGUUUUGUCAUUGCCGCUGGUCCCUAUACCCAUGAUGAUGAUUUAGUAUACGAUCCAUUGCAGGAUUUGGUUAUGUAUUUAAAAGAGAAUCGUCCCAAUGUCUUGAUUCUAUGUGGACCCUUUAUGGAAGCCGAUCAUAAAAUCAUCAACGAUAAUGUCACUUUGGCAGAAACAUUUGAGGCUUUCUUUGAGAAAAUGAUAACAGGCAUAGUGGAGGCUAUAGGUCAAGAGACCACCAUAUUGGUGGUGGCCUCACAUCGUGAUGCCCACACCGAUUGUGUUUAUCCCACAAUGUCCAUACAGAUGAAGAAGAGUUUUGCCAAUGUGCACAUGCUGCCCGAUCCCUCAAUGAUUGAUUUGAAUGGUCUGGUUAUUGGUAUGACUUCCACCGAUAUUGUAGAUCAUAUUUUAUCCGAGGAGUUGGCUGUUAAUGCUGGUGAUAAAGUCAAACGUGUUGUCAAUUAUCUACUGCAUCAGAAAUCCUUUUAUCCCCUAAACCAUCCCAAGGAGGAUCAAAUGUGUUUGGACAGUGAUUUGGCUAGCAAAUAUGCAAACAUAGAUAGAAUACCCAAUAUUCUGAUAUUGCCCAGUACUCAAAAAUGUUUUCUAAGGGUUGUUAACGGCUGUCUGGCCAUCAAUCCUGGACGUUUGGCCGACAACAUUGGUGGUACUUUUGCUCGCUUCAUUAUAAAUCCCCCAGCACCCAAGGAGGAGGCCAAUCUAUUUAAUUAUGUCGGCUGUCAAGUGCGAAAAGUUUAAGUGGACUAUAGACCAGAACAUCAAGGACUUGUAACAACAACAAUUUAAGAUGCCAGUAGACAGUUUUCAUUAAAACAACUCAUUUUUUAAAAUAAAA